AGAAGAGGGGACUAGGACACCUCAUUCCCCUCCUCCAGGGACCUGUGUGGAUUUCUAGGCUGACAUGCCGGAAGAAGGAUGAAGACACUGGCAAGAAUCACCAAAUCCAGGUGUAAGGAUGAAAGCUACUGGGAUAGGUCUUGUGGAUUCUGAUGGCCUCAAAAGCCACACUUGGUUUGGUUCUUGGCCCCUAAACAGGAAGGAGAGGCAAGAGCGCUAGGAUACCUUCUCCCCCCACCUCCCUCAGGUGGGAACGCAGAAAAAAAAGCAACCCUCUGUGGUCACAGCUGUCCAUUGGCAGGAACCAUAGCGUUCAUACCUCUCCAGCUUGCUCAGGCCUGGCACAUAACGGUGAUCAAUAAAUAUCCCACCAGAUAAAAAUCUCUGAUCUCUCCAGACUGCUCUGCCUCCUAGACAGCAGUGUCCCCUGCAGCACGGGCCAGGACUCCAGAAGCGCAGGCUGGAGGCUGGCUGCUCAGCAGAGCUGCAUGGCCACCACCAAGGAAGAGAUGACUGUGGAUGUGGGUUUCAGCCCCGUGGCUCUGCUUCCCUGGGGGGCCUGUCUCUGAGUCAGCGUGCCAGCCUUGGGAUCGAAGGGCCAGCCGUUCCUUGGGCUGCGGUCUGGCAGGGGCAGGGGGGGCGGCUGGGAAGCCUGGGGCCCCUCUCUGGCAAAAAUAGCCCACAGUGGUUAGAGCUGGGAGGGUGAGUCAGGCAAGAGUGCAGUGGCACCUAACCCCUUCACUGCCACUGGAGCUCCCUAAGGUAGCUUGCUUUGCCUGUGCACCCCAAGAUCAGGCUCUUUCCCUGGCUGUCCUAGGGCUGGGCUAAGUUUGGGGUCCUUAGGUCCUCCUCAUUUCAUGUGAAGCAAGUCUAUGAGCCUGGAGCAGGAAUAUGGGCCACCCAGAGUGCAGACCUGGGAUCCUGGGAAGGGCAGGAGACCUCUGGACAAGGAUGCCUGCAAGCUAAGGGAAGCACGGGGCAGGCUGAAGAUCUUUGGGGCUACAGGAGCCUCUGCUGGGACCAAACUCUGAGACCAAAGCUGACCCCUCCCAAGGGGCAGGCGCAAAGCUCGGAGGUGGGUGGAAGCCCAGCCACCCAGAAGGGAGCUUCUCCCGCUGGCUCCCAGUGCCCCGUGGUGCGCUCUUGCUGAGGGCUCUACAGGAAACUGUCCGACGAGAGAAGUUAGUUCUCAGUUCUGUCUUCGUCUUGUCAAAGGCAUCCUCCAGCCAUCCAGCGCUCUGUGGGGAAACUGAGGCAAAGAAAAAUGACCACUUGGAACCUGGGUCCCGGCUCUCUAGUCUGGGUCAGCGCACCCUCCUUGCAGCUUUGGCGACUCCAGAGCAGCUUUCUCGAUCACUCCCUCCCUUCCUCCCUCCCUUCUUCCCGGCGGCCGCGGCGGCGCUGGGAAAGCGGCGAAGAGGAGUGGCCCUGCCCUGGAAGAAUGCGGCUCCGCCGAGGGGGCAGAACCCGACGCAUUCUCCCCACGGUUUGAGCAGCCCGAGUCCAGGCGCCCGGACCCCGCCGGCCGUGGACCCCGCACCGGAGCCGCUGGAGGGCCCAGAGCCUGGGACUCAGGGGGUGAUUCUUACUGUGUCGUUUGGGGAGAGACGAGAAGGGCCAGUGGGGUGACACUGUCCCUGACCGGUCUGCCCACCGGGGCCUUCGGGCCCGGGCGUCGACAUGCGGGAGCAGCCCCGGCCGCGGCCUCCGCCCUGGGGCCUCGCGGGCCUUCUGGUCCUGGCGCUCUGCAGUCGGGCUCUGAGCAAUGAGAUCCUGGGCCUGAAGCUGCCCGGCGAGCCGCCGCUGACCGCCAACACCGUGUGCUUGACGCUGUCCGGCCUGAGCAAGCGGCAGCUGGGGCUGUGCCUGCGCAGCCCCGACGUGACCGCGUCCGCGCUGCAGGGCCUGCACAUCGCGGUCCACGAGUGUCAGCACCAGCUGCGCGACCAGCGCUGGAACUGCUCGGCGCUCGAGGGUGGCGGCCGCCUGCCGCACCACAGCGCCAUCCUCAAGCGCGGUUUCCGUGAGAGUGCCUUUUCCUUCUCCAUGCUGGCUGCUGGCGUCAUGCACGCGGUAGCUACAGCCUGCAGCCUGGGCAAGCUGGUGAGCUGCGGCUGUGGCUGGAAGGGGAGUGGCGAGCAGGAUCGGCUGAGGGCCAAACUGCUGCAGCUGCAGGCACUGUCCCGGGGCAAAAGUUUUCCCCACUCCCUGCCUAGCCCGGGUCCUGGCCCAGGCCCCAGCCCCAGCCCCAGCCCCCAGGACACAUGGGAAUGGGGUGGCUGUAACCAUGACAUGGACUUUGGAGAGAAGUUCUCUCGGGAUUUCUUGGAUUCCAGGGAAGCUCCCCGGGACAUCCAGGCACGGAUGCGAAUCCACAACAACAGGGUGGGGCGACAGGUGGUAACUGAAAACCUAAAACGGAAAUGCAAGUGUCAUGGCACUUCAGGCAGCUGCCAGUUCAAGACCUGCUGGAGGGCAGCCCCAGAAUUCCGGGCAGUGGGGGCAGCAUUAAAGGAGCGACUGGGCAGGGCCAUCUUCAUUGAUACCCACAACCGCAACUCCGGAGCCUUCCAGCCCCGCCUGCGUCCCCGCCGCCUCUCAGGAGAGCUGGUUUACUUUGAGAAGUCUCCUGAUUUCUGUGAGCGAGACCCCACUGUGGGCUCCCCAGGCACGCGUGGCCGGGCCUGCAACAAGACCAGCCGCCUGCUGGAUGGCUGUGGCAGCCUGUGUUGUGGCCGUGGGCACAACGUGCUCCGGCAGACGAGAGUUGAGCGCUGUCAUUGCCGUUUCCACUGGUGCUGCUAUGUGCUGUGUGAUGAGUGCAAGGUCACAGAGUGGGUCAACGUGUGUAAGUGAGGGUCAGCCUCACAGCAGGCUGGGGAAGGGGAGGGGCGCCUUUUCAGCCUUUUGCUCUAAUUUCUGUCCACGGUCAAUCUUGGCCCCUGGAAGUUCAAAGUAUCUACCUGGAAACACCUUUGGGCAUGGGGUGCGGGUCAGGUGGAAUCUGUCAUGUGUGGCCUUCUCCCCCACAGUUGAAAGGCCUUGGAGGGGGGGAAAAUGUCACCCCUCUUUUACUCCUUAAACACCUGGAUGGGCUAAGAUGAAAUGCACUGUAUUGUCCCCCUCUCCCCAACCCUGGGCCUUUAACUCGGAUUCAUACUCCUUUCAACUGGGGAGUCCCUAUAGUUUGACCACUCUUCUCCUUUGAGGGCUAGCCCCAGGCAUUGUGUAGAGCCAUGAGACCUAUAUCCAGAAAGAAACCACUCACUCUCUUUGCUGUUCAUGAACUCCUCUACUGCAGCCUGAGGCCCCUCUUGUGGGGUAAUGGGAAACAGUGGUAGAGAGGUUUUUCUUAGGGAUGGAACAGAGUGCUGAGGGGGGAUGCUCUCCCCUAAGUUCUCAGAGUCAUCUGUCCAGGCCCUUAGGGAAGCUGUCUGCCCGCCACCCCCCCCCCAUUCAGAUGUUAAAGGGGAGCCUCCAAAGGAAGAGUUUUACCUACAACUUUCUGAGCCUCUCUUUCUUUCUUUAGCAGGAGGGGUGGGAAUGGAUAAUUUAUUGUACUGAGAUUUGUUCUUGGUUCCUGUUUAUAACUAAAAUAAAUUAAGUUACUGGACUGGUG